UGUUUUGAUAUGGCCGCCUGACAACAGAAUCUGCCAUCACAUUUAUAUGUCGUCCAGCUAACACAUUCAGGAUGCCAAGUGCAGGAGCACUAUGUCCUCCCCAAAUUACCCCCAUCAGGAGGAUCCCCGACAGGAUACAGCUGCCAGUCAACCAUAUCGAUGUCAACUCCCUCAUCGAGCUGUCUACAGAGAGUAACAACUGUAAGAUAUUCUUCACCACUGAUGGAACCAAGCCAUGUCCAUUCCAGCGGAAAAUUGCAGGGCGGGAAGUCACAUAUAAAUACAUUGCCCCCUUCACACUGAAACCAGGGAAGAGAGUACUGAAGGCAGUAUGUACCACCAGGGAUGGACUACAGGAAAGUGCUGUUGUGACGAAGACGUUUAACGUGAGUGAGUUGAUUGAGGAGAAUCCUGAAACUUCCGAUGGCUAUGACUACAGCAGCUACAGCAGCUUCUUCGAAACAUCCGACACCGACACAUCCAAGUCUACACUCAAAUCCAAAUCCAAGCCCAAGAAAAGACAGAAAUCUCCCACACGCAAACCUCGCAAUCAUGUGACCCGGGAAGCGUGGGCCAGUGAAGGGGACGUGGAGAGGGGAGAAGUUGGGGCCACAGGGGAUGCAGCCUACCCACCUAUACCGGAUGGCCCCUUCAACCCCACCAACUACUCAGGGACCCAGAUAAAUGUGUGGGGUGGGGCACCCCCGGGGAUGAUGAAUGGACAGCCAGGGAGUUUAAUAAUAGGAGGCAACCCUCAGCCUCCGUACCCAGUCCAGUAUGGCUUCCUUACAGAACAGAUGAUACAGAAACUGAAUGCUGCUAACCGGCCGGUGACAGUCGGGGAGCUGCGCCAUCUGAUGGAGGAGGCCAGUAGGACCCAAGCCCCGCCGCCGCCGCCUCCCCCAGCCCCAACUCCUGCCCCAGCGCCAGCUAUAGAGUACAAGCCAGUGUACAAGAACCCACCCCUAGAGCCAGUCAGUCCGGGGAAAGGGGACUUCAAGGGCAACCUGCUCCACAUAUACGCCCACAUGUUGGAACAUGCGAAAAACAACGGUGACUUCCGACUGCGGGUCGCAGAACCACGGAUGGGGAAGAUACUGGAGGGGAAGUUGGAAGAUGAGGGAGAUGGCUACAAACUGACGGUUGUUCUCUCCAAACCAGGCGUGCCGAGGGGUACAGUAAAGAAGAAGAAGCCACCAGCUGCUGCACCGCCACCCACCCACCCUCCCUGGAAGCCGACUGGUAGCAUGUCCGACUCCUCCAAGAAGUCAGAGAAGCCAGAGAAGCCAAAGAAGAAGGAUCCCCCUGCUAAGAAGGAUCCCUACUACGCUAUGGAAACUGAGGAUCUCAAUCAAGAGGGCACGGUGGUUGCGUAUGCAGCCUUCAAUGCGGAACAAGAUGCUGAAGUUCUGAAGCAGGCAAUGAAGGGUCUAGGGACUGACGAGAACGCCAUCAUCAACGUGCUGGCCUACCGGUCCAACCCUCAACGGAUGGAAAUUGUCUCCAUGUACAAAACAAUGUUUGGAAAGGACUUGAUAGAGCACUUGAAGUCGGAAUUGAGUGGAUCAUUCUGCGAUGUGGCCAAAUUUCUGUGCAUGGCUCCAGCCGAGUUUGAUGCCUAUCUUCUCCGGAAAGCCAUCAAGGGUCUCGGAACAGACGAGGAUGUCCUGAUCGAGGUGCUGUGUACACGCUCCAACGCCCAGAUACAGGAGAUCAAGAAGAAGUAUAAAGAAAAGUUCAACAAGGACCUUGAGAAGGACAUCAUAGGGGACACCUCAGGUCACUUCAAGCGCCUCCUGGUGACUUUGGUCCAGGCCAGUCGGAGCGACGCUACCGAGGUGGACCGAAACAAGGCGCACCAGGAUGCCAAGGCGUUGUAUGAGGCAGGGGAGAAGAAGUGGGGGACGGACGAGUCCAAGUUCAAUGUCAUCCUAGGCUCUCGGAGCUACCCACAGCUUCGCGCCAUGUUUGAGGAGUACAAGAAGAUCUCCAAGAAGGACAUUGAAGAUGUGUUGAAGAGUGAGAUGUCGGGCGAUAUCCUCCGGGGGAUGCUCACCAUAGUGCGCUGUGUAAAGAACAAGUUCGGCCACUUCGCCCGGCAGCUGCAGAAGACGAUGAAGGGCAUGGGAACAGACGAUGACACACUUUGCCGCGUGGUGGUCAGUCGGUGUGAAAUAGACAUGGUGCAGGUCAAGGAGGAGUUCGAGAAGCUGACGGGACAGACCCUGCAACAGUAUAUAACAGAUGACAUUUCUGGAGAUUACCGUAACAUCAUCCUGGCCCUGGUGACGGGUGGCCCCCCUCCUGCCUCCAGUGUGCAGUCGGGGAAGGGUUUCGUGGAGGCAGUGAAGAAUAAGACUGAGGAGGAGCUUGAUGAAGAGGUUCGCCUGGAGACAGAGAAAGUGGAGGCUGACCCAACAGUCACUCCAUUCGAGGGCUUCAAUGCUGAGCAGGAUGCAGAGGCGCUACGUAAAGCCAUGAAAGGUUUCGGCACGGAUGAGAAGGCUAUUAUCGACAUCCUGGCCUACAGGUCCAAUGAACAGAGGGUGGAGCUGACGUCAAAGUUCAAGACGAUGUUUGGAAAGGAAUUGUCGAAGGAGCUGUCUAGUGAACUGAGUGGGAACUUCAAGACCCUCUGCACAGACAUGUUGUUGUCCUCUGCCGAGUUCGAUGCCAAGAAACUCAACAAGGCUGUUAAGGGCCUGGGCACGGAUGAGAAGGUGCUUGUGGAGAUUAUCUGUACCAGGACCAAUGAGCAGCUCAAAACCAUCAAGGAGACAUACAAGACAAUGUUCAGCAAGGAUCUGGAAGCAGAUGUCGCUUCUGACACGUCUGGUCACUUCAAGCGCCUCCUGGUGGCAUGUCUACAGGCCAAUCGUCCAGAGGAGCCCACAUUUGACCGCAACCAGGCCAAGCUUGAUGCUCAGGAGCUUCUGAACGCUGGGGAGAAGAAGUGGGGGACGGAUGAGUCCCGCUUCAACGUGAUCCUCGUUUCCCGCAGUUACGCUCAGCUGAGAGCAACGUUCCAGGAGUAUGCCAAGCUGGCCAACAAAGACAUCGAGGACACCAUCACCAGCGAAAUGUCCGGGGACCUGAAGGAAGGAUUCCUUGCAGUCGUGAAGUGUAUCCGCAACAAAGCCUUCUACUUUGCGUCGGAACUGUACCGGGCUAUGAAGGGUCUUGGUACGGAUGACGACACGCUGGUCCGUGUAGUCGGGUCUCGGUGUGAGGUGGACAUGGUGCAGAUCAAGGAGGAGUUUCAGCGGAACUUCAAACAGACUCUCGGAAUGUUCAUCAAGGAUGACACGUCCGGGGACUACCGGACCAUGCUGCUGGCUCUGAUCCGCGACGAGGGUGUAGGCAAGAAGAAGUAAACAAGCCAGUCUCCAGCAACAAUAACCACUUCCAUCUGAUAUUCACAACACAGAUCCGCUCUGUAAUUCUGUGAAGUGACAACCAUCUCGCAUGUGUAUGGUACUUCCUUAUAUGGCCUGUAACCAUCUAGUCCCACACCACAGCUGUCUAUUAUCGUAGAGCAGGUACAGUUACGUUCUUUUUUCAGUACAUUAACAUAAUAAUACCUAUUUUCACACCCACUAGCAGUUUUACAAACAUCAGUGCCAGUGAAGCAAUUGCUUUUUUAUAUUUUUACCCUGAAACUACAGCACUCGUAUGCUGGAUGAGGUUCUAUCACUGGCAAUGAUCCCUGCAUGGUUGUGAAUGUCCGCUUCCCUACAGCACACAUUCAAAACAUUCCAUCUUCUCAGGCAUUCUAUCUUUUACAUUUUUGACUAUUAUUUAUAAAUUAGAUCCAGUACAUAAACACGUUUUUGAAAUUAUACAUAUGGAUAUAUUAAUCUAUCACUUUUAUUGUGCAUACCUGUUUACAUAUAUAUCCGGCUUCUAUUAGCAGUCCUGUCACACGAGAACUGUCAUGUGGAUUUUAGGUCAAAUAAAAUUUGUAUGUUGUAUGUAUGUAAUGUUUCUGAUUAACAUUACGACUGAACCCAGAAUGUGAAAGAGAACAAAAUAAUUGCAUAACAAAACAGCAAAACUGUUUCUCCAAAAUGUAUCCUUUCAAAAUGCUUCCUUAAAUAUUUGUAGUACAUGAUCUUAAAGGGUUAUCACAACAAAUUGUAUUUGUGCCUUAUACAGCUAUAACAUGAGUAGAAUAAUAGUACAAUAAGAAUAUUUUCAACAGAAGAAUAUGUUAGUAUUAUCAUGAUUAUUUGUUUUAGAAGUGAUUAGCUAUCAUCAAUUGACCCAGUGUCUGUGAUAUCCAUCCAUCUACUGUAAAGUGUUCAUCGAAGUAGCAAUGUCAGAUUUAUUUAUUGUAUGUCAUCAUAAAGUGUUAUGUCCGUCCGUAGGCAUUUAUUUUGUUGCCUGUUGCCUGUUGCCUGUUAGUAUGUCUCUGUUAUGAACCAAUUCGGUUGUCUUGUUAGAAGAGCUGGAAUAAAAUUGUAUAUUAUA